AUGUCGCUAGACGCGCUUCCCUCUCUUCCUCUUUUCCUUGAAGCGAAGAAGCAUGCCCUGGCCAAUCCAGAUAAGCUGGCCGUUAUCGAUACGACCAAGGUCCAGCAGUUUACCUUUGCCCAGCUCCUCGCAGAUGCCGCAGCACUCAAGAAACGGAUUCUGGAGGAAUUGACUCUUACCAGCACUGGAGACCUGGACGAACGGCGUAUUGCUUUCCUAGUUCCUAAUGGAUACGACUACGCCGUCACGCAAUGGGCCGUCUGGGCCAGCGGCGGCAUCUGUGUACCCCUCUGCACUUCGCAUCCGGUAAAGGAACUGUUAUAUACAAUCGGCGACUCCGAUCCCUCGCUUAUCAUCAUCCACCCGGCGUUCGAGAAAUUCGAGGCCCCUCUCCGUGAGGGCACCGCCGACACCCCACGCCUCUUCAUGACCCUAACGCCCUUCACGCAAAGCCCGUCGCCUCCGCAACUGCCCGAAUUCUCCCCAGUUUACUACCCAGAGCGCCGUGCGCUCAUGAUCUACACAAGCGGCACAACUGGCAAACCCAAGGGCGCAAUCACCACUCAUAAAACCAUCACCUUCCAAGCGCAAUGCCUCAUCCAGGCAUGGCAGUACCAGCCCACCGACCACCUCAUCCAUGUCCUCCCCCUUCACCACAUCCACGGCAUCAUCAACGGCCUGACAGCCACCCUCCUCGCCGGCGCCACCGUUGAAAUGUACCCGAAAUUCGACCCCGCAACUAUCUGGACUCGCUGGACAAACAAGGGCUCUUCAACCAUGUUCUUCGCCGUUCCUACCAUCUACUCCCGUCUCGUCGACUAUUUCGAAGCACAUAUCCGUGGUACAGAGCAGGAAACACCCGCCCGCGAGGGCGCAGCAGCACUCCGCCUCCUUGUCUCUGGCUCUGCCGCCCUCCCGACCCCCAUCAAGACCAAAUUCGCCACCAUCACGAACCAAACCCUCCUGGAGCGCUACGGCAUGACAGAAAUUGGCAUGGGUCUCAGCUGCGGGCUCGAUGUAGCGCAGCGCAUUGACGGCAGUGUCGGCUGGCCCCUUCCCGGCGUCCAGGUCCGCCUCACAGACAAGGAAACAGGAGCCGUAAUUGAGGCCGCAGACGUCGAUGGCAUGAUCGAAGUGAAAGGCGACAACGUCUUCUCCGAGUACUGGCGACGGCCCGAGGCUACGGCCAAGGAGUUCACUGCGGACGGGUGGUUCAAGACCGGCGACGUUGCGCGACGGGAUGAACGAGGCGCAUACUACAUCCAGGGCCGCGCCUCAGUUGAUAUCAUCAAGUCCGGUGGGUACAAGAUCUCUGCGCUGGAGGUAGAGCGUAAGCUGCUGGCGCUGGAUGAGAUCGCGGAAGUAGCUAUUGUUGGGAUUGCCGAUGAGGAAUGGGGUCAGCGUGUUGCUGCAGUUGUAAAGCAGAGGCCUGGUACGGAACCACUAGAAUUGCAAACCCUGCGCACACGCCUGAAGCAGGAGAUGGCGCCGUAUAAAAUCCCCACCGUGCUGAAGAUCGUCGACGGUAUUGAGCGGAAUGCCAUGGGGAAAGUCAAUAAGAAAGACGUCGUACGAAAAUAUUGGCCUGAGUUGGCCGAAUAGAUGACCCCUGAUAGAGUAGAAC